UUUUUAUCGUCACGGUCACCCCAAAUUGCACAACCAAGUUACAAAUUUAAGAAUUUGUUAAUUAAAUCGGGAAAAAUAUGCUGCGUGCUGGCUGCCAAUUGCUGACGCAGUCCACCCUGCCCGCCGCCAAGACGGGCAGCAACGGUUUUGCCCUAGAGUUUGUGCGCUGGCGCCGGAAGCCGCGCUGGCUGCCGGUGGCAAAGAGCAAAAUGUUCCGUGUGCCCGAGCGCACGAAGCAGACGGAGGAUGAGCGCACCGAGCUGAUGCGCCUGCACAACCAGUACAAAACCCAGCUGCGGUCGGUGCGCCAGUUCCUGCGCGAGGAGGUCGUACGGCACGCGGAAACCUCCACGGUGGACCACAUAGUGCUCACACCCGAGCAGGAAGAGGCCGAGUACCAGGCCUUGGUGGCCGCCAACUCGCAAUGGAACGCAACAAUUGCCCAGGAGCGGGAACAGCGCCUGGCCAGGGAGCGCGACGAGAAGGUUGCCUACGUCCAGGAGCGACUAGAAGCUCGCCAGCUGCGUGACGAGGAACGUCGGGAGAGAGCCAACGAGGCGGUUCUACGCGAGAUCGAGCGCUCCAAGACAUACAUUACGCGGGAGGGCCUCAAUGCGGCCAUCGAAACGGCGCUGGCCAAUCCCGUGGAUCCCAAUUUCGCCAUCGACAUGGCCGGCAACCUCUACCAGGGACGCAUCAGCUCGCAGAUACCGGAUGAAGCCCCACAGCCCGACCAGAAGGCCUUGAGUAAUUAGCCCCCUUGUCUUAGUUUCUUGUUACAUUAAAAAGAUCAGGAUUUUUAGCCAAA